CCCCCUCUCUCCCAUGAUAGCAUCACUCCCCUCAUGCUGUACUCAAAACCUCCAGCGGAGCCAUCGCUGUGUAUGCCGAGCUGACUGGGGGAGGUCGGAUCUGUACUGGUUGUAGUGGGCUGUGCAACGUGUAGAGCCGUGCUGAUUGCGAACCCUCUGCAUAACGACGGAUUUUUAAGAGGGGAAUUCACUCACCCAGGGAACCCUUCCCUCCCUGCAAACACGUCCAUCCAUCCACCACGUUCUUCAUUUAUAAACGGAGUGUUUUUGUUGCCUCUGCUUCCCACUACCACAGCUGAGAUUUGGUCAACAUCUCAGGCGGGGGUUGUGUGAUGAGGUCGCCCUGCAGCCGGGGUCUGGUUACGAUAAGAUAAGGCGUUUUUUGUUGCUAGGGCACUUUUGGCUAAAGCGUUUUUUGUUACUAGGACACUCUUGGCUCCAUUUCCAAAGCCUCCUCGCACCCCGAGUGUGUGAAGAAAUACACAGCUGAAGUACAUAGCUACUACUGGGCUGAGAGACCCGCUGAAUAUCCAUGAGCUCCGAUUUCCCGCACUACAGUUUCAGGAUGCCAAAUAUAGGGUUUCAGAAUCUUCCCCUCAAUAUCUACAUUGUGGUGUUUGGGACGGCCAUCUUUGUCUUCAUCCUCAGCCUCCUCUUCUGCUGCUACCUAAUAAGGUUACGGCACCAGGCGCACAAAGAGCUUUAUGCAUACAAACAAGUCAUUCAGAAGGAAAAAGUAAAAGAGCUAAAUUUGCAUGAGAUUUGCGCGGUGUGCUUAGAGGAGUUCAAGCAGAAAGACGAGCUGGGGAUUUGUCCAUGCAAACAUGCCUUUCAUAGGAAGUGUCUCAUUAAGUGGUUGGAGGUGAGGAAAGUGUGCCCGCUGUGCAACAUGCCGGUCCUGCAGCUCGCCCAGCAGGCCAGCAGCACGGAGCCCCCUGUGCCCAUACAGCAGCCUCUACCCGGCAUCGAGAACCUGGUCUAGCAGACUCUCUCAUAGCACACUACACACACACACACACAUACACAGACACACACCCCAUCAUUCACACCCUCGCCUGUACAGUUACACAUCACUAUGAGUCCGUGGACAGAGAGGAGAAACUGGAGUUCAUGCGCAGACACAAAAGCUGCCAUCGCCACCGCUCCUAUCCUUGCAUUGGUUUCCAAAAAAGGAUUUCCUGAUAUCAGAUCUGACUGGUUAUCAACCGUUUUCAUGUUUUUUCUUUUGCGGACAAUGAAGAAGAGUUGAUCUAGAAGAGGUUUACUUCUUGGCCAAGAUGUGGUCGAUAACUUUUCUCAACCAAAGCACUUUUCUGGGGACACCAGCUAAAGACCAGGAGGACAAAAAACAAAAGCCAAGAACUACAAUACACUAAAAUAUAUGAAAUGUUUGAUUAUUUUUAGCAAGCACUUUACAAGAAGGCAAACCUUAAUUGCUUGUGAACCUAGAAGCAAGGUUGUGUUUUAUAUUUUAUCAUUAACUAUUAUUUUUAUUGUACAGAGCCUUAUGGGUUUUAAUUUUAAUUUUGUAAAUUAUACAACAAAUCUCAAAGGGACAACAAUACCUAUAUCAGUAAAUAGAUGUCAGGAAACAAUGCUUUCAGCUGUAAUUGCAAAAACACACAUAAGAAAUUAGACGCAAAGCAACCUUUACAAAUGUGAAACGGUUUGAAUGUGUUGAAAACCAGAACUCACGCGAAGCCUAUUGAACUCGUUCCCUCAUCGCCUGUUUGUCGUUUUUUACAAUGUGACUGUAUAUUUUUAUUAUUAAUUUAAACAGGAAGAACCGUAAACAAAUUGUAUUUUCAUUAAAGGAAUUCACCAGGUAACAUCCGAUAUAUACAAGUGCUGUUAGGCACAGGCUAUAUGUAGUCACCCCAUGCAUUACUCAGAAAAAUAAUCAUGCCUCUCCAACAGAAAUCACAGUUCGAUGUAACUGCUUUAACAACUGUGAUUAUCUAAACAAGUAUUAGUGGGUAAAAACUGGUGCUUUAUCCACAAAACUGUUCCACAGAAGAAAAAAACAUUAAUGAGGCAAUAUUAUACAAAGAUCUACAACGUGUAACAUUAAUGUUCCGGUUUCAUUUUGCUCUGCUGCUGCAAUAUUUGACUUUAUUGAAGAUGUGCUGUGUUAAUGUUACAGUAACAUGCUUCAGAUAAAGGAGACACUUCACAAAACAACAAAUGGCAGGCAUGUCAAGUUGAUUUAUCUCAAAUUUGCAUCACAUCUCCAGAAAAAGAAAUUAUUGAUAACCCAAUUCAUUAGAGACCAUGAUGAAGCAGACACUGCCGAUUCAGCUCCUACUUAAAAUGUGCUGCAUACAUAGAUGCAGUUUUCUUUUUUGUAUCUCUCCCAAUAUAUUAUAUGUAUUUUUGUAUUUUAUUUAUUGCAAUUUCUUGGUACAGCUGCAUAGCUGCUGCAUGUGUUUGAGUUUGCAGAAUGAUACCUGCAUCAGAAUUACUGCCCUCAGCAGAUCAUCAGCAUAUCUGUUGGUCAAGAUAAACACUAUUUGUAACCCACACACACACUCGAGCUGCCACAGUCAUUUGUCAGCAGGUUUUAAUGAAGCAGCAUUUUCAUUCAUGCACACACACACACUCACACACAGACAUAUAAAAAGGGUAGUAGUGCUUUUUGGCUGCAGCAUUCUGGUGCUUUCGCCUCUCCCUCUUUCUGUACAGUACAGAGAGCUUUUUCUUUUGUGCCAGCCGCACAUUAACUCUGAACCCCGCCAGCUUUUGUAGUUCUGUUUUUGUUCUCAUCCUUUGUUAGCUGCAUCUGGUAAAUGGGUUGUAGGUAAUUGUGCUGAUCUUUAAAAAAAAAAAGCUGUGUGUCAGAGUGAUGGACCUAUGAUGAGAUGGUGUAUUACCUCGGAUAUGUGUUACAAUUGUACUUUUAAAAAAAAAGGUAUGAAAUACAUUAGAGAAUAUUUAGAUCAAGUUAAACAUUGUGCUCUGGAGUUACAAAAGAAACGUAACUGAUGGAAAAUAUACAACUUAACAGGCUUAUACUUUUGAAUUCUGAUUGGUUUAUAAACACACCAACAUUUACUUGGGCCUUUGACAACUCAAAAAUGUCAAAUGUCAAACAAUGAGAUCUUUUGUAGCUCAGUGCGAGUAACACAAGUCUUAAACAGUUUUGUCUUGGAAUGUAAAGUUGUGAAAGCACGCUUUUUUGCAUAGUCAAGUUGCCACUGAUAUCACCAUUGUUAAAUGUAUGUAGACAAGUGUCAGUAGUAGUGUAUUUAUGAAUAAGGUGCAAAAAAGAUGCUCCUUCAUAUGAAAUAAAUGGCAGCUGAGCACUUCCUG